AUUUCAGAUCAAAAUUCGUGAUAUAACAUUCAUUUAAAACAAUGAGCACGAACAAAACGAACACAUAACAAUCUCAUAUAUAUGUGUAAUGAAUACACUCUCCGAACAAUUAUUACCAGAAGCUGCUCUGUUCACGCGUCGGGUUCAGCUGCUGUUGUCACUACUCGUAAAUUGAAUCGGACGUUGAUUGUAGGCUGUAGCGCUGCGGCUAGUACAACUUACAGUAACAUAGAAUAAUAAUUUCUCACCCACUCGAAACAAAACGAUAUCAUUGCAACCGCGAUCCACUCCGUCAUCGAACAUUUUUUUUCUACUUGUUCACAGAACUUUGAUGUAAGCCGUACGAUCAAAAUUAAACCGCCGAAUGUCCAGAUCAAUGUGUGUAUUACAUCAUCUGCCCAGCUGAGAAGACUAUGCCAGAACUUGAUCAACAGAAACAACAGUGUUUAGUGGCAAUGGAAACGCUUGAUCGGUCAUCGCCAGAACUUUGGCCUGAACCAAUGCCUGGAAUGUCCGGUUUUGCACAACAUAUACGCGCCUCUAGUGCGACUGAUAAACAACCAUCAUGGAAGCAACCACCAGAUGCCCAUGAUAUGCUACUUGUACAACGUUAUAGUCAGAUGCCAUUGCCUCCACUCUUAGAUGAAUUAAAGUCUCUAUAUGACUUUGCCUAUAAUUUAGGCUUAGAGGAAUCUAAAGAAAUGACACGUGGCAAAUAUUUAAAUAUAUUCACACGUAACACUAAUAAAUCUAGUGAAUAAUAUUGUAAUAAUUUAUAAAAUCUAAAAAAGCAUAUUUUUAAUUUAUGGAAUCAUCUCAAAAUUUUUUUAAUUUAAGGAAUGUGUGUUAACUCAAUUAAUAUUUGAUACAAUUUAAAAUGGUUGUAUGUAUUAGUUAAAGAUAAUGUACAUUAAAAUAAACACUAAUAUUUUAUCAGUUCAAAUUUUAAAUAAUUUAAAAGGUAAUAAAGGAAUGUUCAUUUUA